AUGGCCGAGGCUUCGGGUCGUGAAGCACCACCGCAGCAACAGGCCAGGCGAACCGACGGCGAUCCCUUCUCUGCGUUCUCCGACAACCUGCUGGGCGCCGUGCUGCUGCGCGUGGCGUGCAACGGCGUCAGAUUCGUUAGCCAGGAUCGUCCUGUGACCGACGAGGAAGAAGCCGAUGCGGCAAGGAAGAUCGACGAGGCCCUCCUUGAGCAGCUCCCCUCUGAGAGCGCGUGGCUGGCCGCAAAUCCCGAGGCUCCCGUUAGGUGUUCGUCGUCGCUGGUCUCGUUCCGCCACGCGCUCGUCUGCAAGCGCUGGUUGCGCGUCGCGCGGUUCGUACAUCCCGCCAUCGUCGUUCCGCUCGAUCGCUUCUUUUCCGCGCGCGCCCUCGCGUCUCUCCUCCGCGCGCCCGCGACCGCGGGGUUCCCCAACCUCCGCCAUCUGCACCUCGCGCCGAACGCGCUGGACACCGUCGAUUCCGCGCUCGUGCGCGCCAUCUGCGCCGGAUCUGGGCCGUCCUUAACGCACCUCACGCUGCAGCUACACGAUGCCUGGCUGCACGUGACGCGCGCGCGACGGUUCUCUCUUCGUGGGAUUGGCGCGCAGGCGGCGGCAGUGGCGGAAGCGGCGCUAGCGGCGGGGGCGAUCUCGCCGGCCGAUGUCAUCGCCUUGUUCCGCUCUUGCACGCGAUUGGUCAGUCUCGACGUGAACUUUGGGAGAGGGAUUUCCGAGGUUCCCGCUGCCAUCAGCUGCCUGCAGCAGCUCACGAAGCUCAGCAUGUCUUUUGACGAAGAUGUUACCACGUUACCGGCGGAGAUUGGCAGUUUGGUGCGACUGAAGCGGUUACAAAUCCGGUCGACUUCCCUCGUGCUGCCUGAUUCGUUUUGCGGGCUGUCCUCCUUGGAGCACGUCAGCUUGCGCGGCUGCGAUUUUUCCCAUCUGCCCAUCGACCUCGGGCAGCUCCAAAACCUCAAGAGCCUCACUCUCAAAACCCUGAUGCAGCUCGUCGAGCUGCCCGCCUCCAUCUGCCUCCUCUCCGCGCUUACCAGUCUGACCCUCGUGCACUGCCACGCGCUCGCAAAACUGCCCGAAAACUUUCACCAGCUGCCGAAUCUGCGCACCAUCCACCUGGAAGCGCUAAUCGCCCUCACUGCCCUCCCAGAAUCCUUAGGUCACCUGCCAGCGCUGCGUGACCUCGCCAUUCGAGACAGCGGUCGCCUCAAGCACCUCCCGCAGUCGCUCUCUGCCAGCCGCACGCUCGAGCGCCUCUCGCUCCACAACUGCCAAGCGCUCUCAUCCCUGCCGGACGCCAUGGGUCACAUCCCCACCCUGCCGGACGCCCUCACGGCCCUUCCGGACUCCCUUGGUCGCGCCUCUCGCCUUCGCGAGCUCAAAGUCGUCAGUUGCAGCCGCCUCGUGGGUCUCCCACGCUUGGCCUCCGCCAUGUGCUCCCUCGCCCGCCUCACUCUUGACGGUUGCGCUGCGUGGGUGCUGCCCGAGGAUUUCGGGCAGCUGUCGAAUCUUGUCCAGCUGAAGCUGUCCUGCGAGCGACUGACCGCCCUGCCCAGGUCGUUCGGGCAGCUGGGGAGGCUGCAGGAGCUGAGGCUCCACGCCUGCUACGGGCUACUCGAGCUGCCCGCGUUUUUUGCAAAUCUCUCCUCGCUGAAAACCCUAGCCAUCUAUGGGGGAACGUCGCUCAUCUCCCUGCCGCCCAAUUUCGAGCAGCUCCCGCAGCUCCGCUGCCUGGAGCUCUUCAACUGCGCCAUGCCGAGCCUGCCAGAGAGGUUCGGGCAGCUGCCAAAGCUGGAGGCUCUCAUGGUGGGGAGCAGGGAGAGUUACACAAGGGACGGCGCGGAUCAAGGGCAGCCCUCCUCAUCUGCUUGCCCUGCAGCGCUCUCAGCGGCCAGACUGAAUGAGCCGCUGAUGGGGCGCUGCCUGCUGCGCAGCUUGCCCCCGUCCGUCUCUUCCCUCACGGGCCUGCAGCAGCUGGUGAUGGACGGGUGUGACGCGCUAGAGAGCUUGCCAGAGGGGUUGGGACGGCUGGCUGGGCUGCAAGUGCUGCACCCUGGAGAUCUCCAACUGCCCGACUCUAACUAA